AUGCUCCCCCUCGGAUUGCUCAACGCCGCCCAGGGCCACCCCAUGCUCGUCGAGCUCAAGAACGGAGAGACUCUUAAUGGGCACCUGGUCAUGUGCGAUACAUGGAUGAACCUCACCCUGAAAGAGGUGGUGCAGACAAGCCCGGAAGGGGAUAAAUUCAUGCGCCUCCCAGAAGUCUACGUCAAAGGAAACAAUGUACGUUUCUCAUCCCCCCCUAGCACGCACCACCGGGUUCCUCGCGACCACCAACUGACGCUCUCCGGGGCUCACCAGAUCAAAUACCUCCGCGUCCCCGACGAAAUCAUCGACCAGGUCACCGAGCAGCAAAAGGGCCAGCAAGGCGGCUUCCGUGGCGGCCGUGGCGGCCACCAGUCAAGAGGCGAUCACGGCGGCCGAGGAGGCGGCGACAGGGGACGAGGAGGCCGUGGCGGAGGCAGAGGAGGUCGUGGAAGGGGGCGCGGCCAGUAG